ACAUAAGUCUUCUCCUCCGAUGGUAAUAGUCUAAAAGCUGACGUGACAUCUCUCUCAAAUCUCAAUUACACUUCUCUUCUCUUCUCCUUCUUCCUCUCUCCCAACACUAACUCCAUGUUUAUAACGGAAAAACAAGUGUGGAUGGAUGAGAUCGCCGCAAGAAGAGCUUCUUCUUCUUCUUGGGAUUUCCCUUUCAACGACAAUAACAUUCAUCAUCGUCACUGCAACACAAGUCAUGAGUUUGAAAUCUUGAAGAGUCCUCCUGGAGAUGUAGCGGCUAACGAAGAAGAGAGUAAUAAUCAUAACCCUAAUUUUAGUAACAGCGAGAGUGGUAAGAAGGAGACAACAGAUAGUGGUCAGUCUUGGUCUUCUUCAUCUUCAAAACCAUCGGUCUUGGGGAGAGGACAUUGGAGGCCAGCUGAAGAUGUUAAACUCAAAGAGCUUGUCUCCAUUUACGGCCCACAAAACUGGAACCUCAUAGCUGAAAAGCUUCAAGGAAGAUCUGGAAAAAGCUGUAGACUACGAUGGUUUAACCAAUUGGACCCGAGGAUAAACCGAAGAGCUUUCACGGAGGAAGAAGAGGAGAGGCUGAUGCAAGCACAUAGGCUUUAUGGUAACAAAUGGGCAAUGAUUGCGAGGCUUUUCCCUGGAAGAACUGAUAAUUCUGUCAAGAACCAUUGGCAUGUUGUCAUGGCUCGUAAGUAUAGAGAACACUCUUCUGCUUAUCGUAGGAGGAAGCUUAUGAGUAAUAAUCCACUUAAACCUCACCUCACUGAUAACCAUCAUCCUAACCCUAACCCUAAUUACCACUCUUUUAUCUCCACUAAUCAUUACUUCGCUCAGCCUUUCCCUGAGUUUAAUUUGACUCAUCACCUGGUUAAUAAUGCCCCUAUCACGAGUGACCAUAACCAGCUUGUGUUGCCUUUCCAUUGCUUUCAAGGUUAUGAGAGCAAUGAACCUCCGAUGGUUGUGAGUAUGUUUGGCAACCAAAUGAUGGUCGGCGAUAAUGUUGGUGCCACGUCAGACGCGUUAUGCAAUUUUUCGUUCAUUGACCCUAGGAGCCAAGAGAAAGCGGAACCAAAUGAAGCAAUGCAUUGGAUCGGAAUGGAAGCGGUAGAUGAGGAGGUGGUCGAUAAGGCUAAGCAGCAACCACAUUUUUUCGAUUUUCUUGGCUUGGGGACUGCGUGAAUCUUGAACAAAUUGGUGUUAAUAAGUUAAUGACAGUGGU